CGCAGCCCUGCCCUGCCUGUGCAAGAAGUGCUUCACUACACUCUACGUCUUGACUUUUGCCCAAGCGACAACGUUCUCGUGAACAGCACAGGAUGAAGACUUCGGCCGUGCUCGUUUUUGUCGUAUGCAACUUAGCAGUCAGCUCUGCACUCCUCGCAGGUUUCUGCAGCCUGCCCAAGGAGUCCGGCCCAUGUGAUAACUUCAAUCAGGCGUUUUACUUCGACACUGAUGAACAGAAGUGUAAAAGUUUUGCCUACGGUGGCUGCGGGGGGAACUCCAACAAGUUCAACACCUGGGGAGAGUGUAUGGAAAGAUGCGGGCUCCCCGCGCGGGAGUUGGCCGAGUCUACCGACAUGCAUGCGCACACCGGUCACGUGUGCCAUGAGGUGUUCUGCAUGAUGGAGUGCCCGGGAGAUCUGUACGCUUCGGACGAGAACGGCUGUCAGACAUGCGGCUGCGCAUGCCCACAACUCAAGUGCCUGCCCUGCCCUAAUCAGAUGUACGCGAAGGACCAGUACGGGUGCGACACCUGCCACUGUGAGUGCAGCGAGCUCAACUGUAACGACGCCUGUCCCGGCGGCGUGUAUGCCAAGGACGAGUUCGGCUGUGACAUCUGUCAGUGCGAGACGCCCUGUCCCCUCCGGGAGUGCCCCAAAUGCCCAGCCGGGCAAACACGAGAGAUUCUGAGGGACGGUGACGGUUGUGAGUACUGCACGACAAACUGCCUGCCUGUGCUGGACUGUCCCACCCUGACCUGUGUAGAGCCGUGUGAGACGGGCCAGCACGGCACAGACGCCUCCGGCUGCCCCACCUGCGACUGUGUGAUGGUGGUGCCCGGGGCCGUGCACGCACCCGAGCACUACGUCGGUUAAAUCUGCUCUAAGGCUUAUAUCAGGCCACACCGACUUAUCUUAUGGAUGACAUCCUCUUUUUUAGUCUGCGUAACGCAAACUCUGCCGUCCGCGGCUUUAGUGGCGGACGGCCGGCAACCGUAAAGCGAUUUAAUCAGGCUAACAUCCUCUGAAGACCCCCAAACGGUAACUACUAGUAGUGCGCGCGGGCGAAUAAAAAGUAUUCCGAUCAAAACGAAAAAAUGCAACUAAACCACAGGGAUGCAAAGCUGGUAUUGUGAAUUUGGGGCAGUACAUAGCAACGUAUACAAGCCACAUGUCGGCUUUUUGCGGUUUUUGUAAAUCGUCACUGUAGGUAUGUACUGAGUUCUUGAGUCGUAGAGGUUUGGCGGCCUGGGUGCCAUCCUCCAGAGUUACCACCGGCUCCGUAU